CACUCACCGGGUGUGUCUUGACGGGAACAGACGUGUGGGGUGUGCUGUGUCAUGUGUAUGUCUGUGUGCGUGUCUAUGAACCGCGUCCCCGUGUGCACCUAAGCUCUAUGUACGUGUGUGUCCGUGCGUGUACACCGCCAGAUACUGUGUACGUUUUUGUGUACGUGGCUGGGAUUCUCAAGGACAGCCUGAAUUAUAUUUAGGUACAUACGUACAUACAUUCGCGCACAUAAGUACACAUGAAGGAAAGAUUUAUGUGCGUGUUUGUGUGCGUGUGCGUGUAGGCUCUUUGUGCUGGUGUGUGUACUUACGGAAACCUGACGCGCACAUAGAACACGCCGCGUGGCGGAGGUGGGAGAACUCCGCCUGCCUCUUCCUCCUCUUCCUCUUCCUCCUCCGACGUCUCCUCUCUUCCCUCCAAGAUGGUCUGGCUGCCAGACAUGGAGGGCACGCAGAAGGUGUGGGUGCCAGACCAGAUCCAUGGCUUCGUCCUGGCCAGCAUUGUGGACCUGACCAGCGAAGGGGUCCAGGUCCAGCCCGUGGCCAGGGGGAGCAAGCCCAUCACUGCAGAUUAUGAUCGGAUAUACCCUGCAGAGGAGGAUGAGACCAAGGAUGUGGAUGAUAACUGUGCGCUCAUGUACCUUAAUGAGGCCACUCUUCUAAACAACGUGAGGCUUCGCUACAGUAAUGACAAGAUAUAUACAUAUGUGGCCAACAUCUUGAUAGCAGUGAACCCGUACAUUGACAUCCGCAACCUGUACUCCCUGGACACCAUCAAGAAGUACCAGGGGAAGUCACUCGGACAGAUGCCCCCUCAUGUCUUCGCGAUAGCGGACAAGGCAUUUCGGGACAUGAAAGUUCUAAAGCAGUCCCAGAGCAUCAUUGUGUCUGGAGAGUCAGGCGCCGGUAAGACUGAGUCCACCAAGUACAUUCUGCGCUACCUUUGUGAGUCCUGGGGCAACAAACUUGGCCAUCUGGAGGCGAAGAUACUAGACGCCAAUCCAGUGUUGGAAUCAUUUGGCAAUGCAAAAACCACUCGCAACAACAACAGCUCCAGGUUUGGCAAGUUUAUCGAGAUCCAUUUCAACGAGAAAUUUAGUGUGGUGGGUGGCUUCAUCUCCCACUAUCUGCUGGAGAAGUCCCGUAUAGUGUUGCAGGGGCCCCAAGAGAGGAACUAUCACAUCUUCUACCAGCUGUGUGCUGGGGCACCAGAGGCACUGAGGAAUAAGCUGAAACUUGGCACUCCUGACCAGUAUAAUUACCUGCGAAAGGGAUGCACCCAGUACUUCUGCAGCAGGGACACAGAGAAAACCUUACCCGCCAGUAGGAAGAGCCCCGUGCACCAGAAAAAAGGACCACUCAAGGACCCGAUUCUGGACGAUGUGAGGGAUUUUGCCAGUGUGGACAAGGCACUGGGUAACUUUGGUCUGAGUGAGAGUGAGCGCCUAUUUGUGUACACCACUGUUGCUGCUGUGCUACACCUGGGGAACGUGGGCUUCGAGGAAAACCCUGAAGACACAAAAGGCGGUUGCAUGGUAUCGCCUGGGUGUGAGGGACACUUGAAGACUGCAGCGUCCCUCAUGGGGGUGGACGCAGAGGAGCUGAACCAGGCACUGCUGUCCCGCGUCAUGCAAACAAGCAAGGGAGGACUCAAGGGCACGGUUAUCAUGGUCCCUCUCAAGAUUUACGAGGCCAGUGGUGCCCGUGAUGCCCUCGCCAAGGCCAUGUACAGCAAACUUUUUGACUACAUUGUUCAUCGCAUCAACCAGAGCAUUCCCUUCUCCUCCUCUGCUUACUACAUUGGCAUCCUGGAUAUUGCUGGCUUUGAGUAUUUCCCAGUAAACAGCUUUGAACAGUUCUGCAUCAACUACUGCAAUGAGAAGCUACAGAUGUUCUUCAAUGAGAGAAUCCUGAAAGACGAACAGGCACUUUACGAGAAGGAAGGGCUUGGCUUACGGAAGAUUUCGUACGUCGAUAACCAGGACUGUAUUGAUCUGAUUGAGGCCAAGGGGUGUGGCAUCAUUAGCUUGCUGGAUGAGGAGAGUAAGCUUCCCAAGUCUUCCCAUACUCACUUCACCUCAGCUGUCCACUCCAACCACUCAGCCCACUUCAGACUUGCCCUGCCCAGGAAAAGCAAGCUAAGAGACCAUCGGGAAAUCAGGGAUGACGAGGGGUUCCUGAUCAGACACUUUGCAGGCGCUGUGUGUUACCAGACUGCACAGUUCCUGGAGAAGAACAAUGAUGCUCUCCAUGCCUCACUGGAAGCUCUGGUUAUGGAGGCACAGAACCCCUUCAUCCAGGCCCUCUUUGCCGGCACUGGGGAGGAUGGACCGCAGCACACCACCCGCGGAAAGCUCUCCUUCAUUUCCAUUGCCUCCAAGUUCAAGACGCAGCUGCAGGAACUCAUGGAUAAGCUGUCGAGUACGGGCACAAACUUCAUCCGGUGCAUCAAGCCAAAUGUGAAGAUGGUGGACCAUGAAUUUGAAGGGGGUGCCAUCCUGUCCCAGCUACAGUGUUCAGGCAUGACCUCUGUGUUGGAGUUAAUGCAGCAAGGUUACCCAUCAAGAGCUCCCUUCCAUGACCUCUUCAGCAUGUACAAGCAAUACCUUCCUCCAGAGCUGGCCAGACUGGAUCCUAGACUGUUUUGUAAGUCCCUGUUCCGAGCGCUGGGCCUGGACGACAAGGAUUUCAAGUUCGGCCUGACCAAGGUGUUCUUCCGUCCGGGCAAGUUCGCUGAGUUUGACCAGAUGAUGAAGAGCGACCCGGAGAACCUAAGGCGUCUGGUGUCCAAGUUGAAGAAGUGGCUGCUGCAGUCACGCUGGAAGAAGGCCCAGUGGUGUGCCCUUUCUGUCAUCAAGUUGAAGAACAAGAUCCUGUACCGUCGGGAGCAGCUUAUCAUUAUCCAGAAGAAUGUGAGGAUGUACAACGCGUGCAAAAAGUAUCGGCCGCGCUACAUGGGGGUGCUGAAGAUCAAGGGACUGCAGACACAGUUGCAGCAGCUCCUGGCCACCGUGCAGCAGCUGAAGAAGGAGAAGGAUUCCUCCCUCGUCAACGUGAGGAAGCUGGAGGCCAUGAUGGAUGCAGCAAUUAGGAAGAUAAGGACAACCUCCAUGACAAGAGAGAAGAUCGACCAGGAGCACAGCACACUAGUCUCCGCCAUGAACAAUGAACUGGCGGCCGUGCAAAAGAAACUGACACAGCAGAAGAACGCAGAGGAGCAGGAGCGGCUGAGGAAGAUCCAGGAGGAGAUGGAGAGGAAGAGGAGGGAGGAGGAGGAGGAAGAGAGAAGGAGGAAGGAAGAAGAGGAGAUCAGGAAAAAGAAGGCAGAGUUGGAGGCACGGCGCAAGCAGGAGGAGCAGGAGCGUCUCAGGCAGGAGGAAGAAGACCUCAAGGCAGCUGAGGUUCUCCAGAUGCAGCUGGCCAAGGAAGAGGCAGAAUCAGAACACCUGGCACACCUGGAGGAGCAGGAGAGGAGGGACCAUGAACUUGCCCUGCGUCUGGCCACUGAAACUAACUCUGCUGUGGAGGAAAUGACACCCUCACUGAAAAGCUCAUAUGGAGAGGCCAGUGAUUUGCUCAAGUUGAAAAGAUCUUCCAUGGUUGAGAAGCAGCGCAUGGAGGCAGCCAACAAGAAGUAUGACCUAAGCAAGUGGAAGUAUGCUGAAUUGAGGGACACCAUUAACACUUCCUGCGAUCUAGAACUGUUGGAGGCUUGCCGCAGUGAGUUCCACCGCCGCCUGAAGGUGUACCACGCCUGGAAAGCCAAGAACAAGAAGCGCACCACAAUGGACGAGAACCAGCGCGCCCCCAAGUCCGUUCUCGACGCAGGUAUGGACUUCCUCACCAAGGCCAACCCUCCCCGAGUGAUCCCGAAGGUGAGCCCUCCAGCAGGAGUUACCAGCCAGCAGAGGUUCUUCCGCAUCCCCUUCGUGAGGCCCAGCGACCAGCACCGCUCCGACCAGCACCGCCGAGGAUGGUGGUAUGCUCACUUUGAUGGGGAGUGGAUCGCCCGUCAGAUGGAACUGCAUCCUGACAAGCCCCCAAUACUGCUGGUGGCUGGCCGAGAUGACAUGCAGAUGUGUGAGCUGAGCCUGGAGGAGACAGGGCUGACCAGGAAGAGAGGCGCUGAGAUUCUGGAGAGCGAAUAUGAGAAGGAGUGGAGUCGUCAUGGAGGAAAGCAGUACCAGCGACCAGCCAACAGACGGCGUUAAUAGUGGAGCAUCAGGCAUGUGGAAGGAGAGUGUAGGAGUGGAUAUAGAUGGUGGAAGGUGUAGUGAUGGUUGGUUAUUGAUCAGUUAGUAGAUUUGGGUUAGAAUUCCUGAGUGUGAAGAGAAUUGGGUUGGUGAAUUUGAUUGAUAUGGAGGAUGAGUGGUCAGAUUGAGUUGUGUCUUGUCAUUGAGGAUUUGAAGUGUGUUUGAGUGGAUGUGUUUAGUUGAUUUGUGGUUCUGUGAUGAUGGAGAGGUUAAACGAAGCUACUUUGAGUUGAAAAUUAUAAUCUCAAGUUUGAUACAUUGAGUAGAUUUAAGUAGUACGUAUGAAAAAUAGAAAGGUCAAACAUGAUGUGGAUUGAAAAUUACUUAAAACUGGUAAGUGAGCUUGGUCUGAGGAUGUAUGAGGAUGAAAAUGUUAAACAUUCAUCACCCCCUUGUAAACAAACAUAAGGCAAUUUCUGGAUUCAUGUCCAUCACUUGUUGUUGUCGUUGCCAUAUACAAGGUAUUAAUUGUCAAAAUUUCAGCUCAUAUUUUCUGCUUGUGAUGUGGAAGUUACAAAAAUUUAUUUAUGAAGGUACCUAUGAAGGUACCUUGGUCAUGUUUUUUUGUAUUGUCUGAAAGUGAGCUACGGGUGAAUGAAUGAAAUCUCUAGACAGUAUAAGAAUGAGAACAUAUUAUGCUUUAGUAAGACAAUUGAGGAGAAUGAUUACUUAAAGAAUAUUACUUAUUUAAUAUUUCAUUUGAAAAUUAUAUUGGAAUAUAAGAAAGUAGUAUAAUAAGUGACAAAUAGGAAGAGGUGAUAUGUUGAAAGAUAAAAUUACUGACAGAAUAGUUAUAAAAGAAAUAUUUAAGCAACUUUUCAUCCAACACAAUUGGGAUAAAGAAAAGUGUGUAAUGCAGUAUAAGUGAGAGAUGGAGAUAAUAUCAAUGCAUCUGUGAUAUAGUAAAAAGUAAAGGUAUUGCAGCUGUUUAUUAUAAGGAACUCACUGAAAAGGAUUAUGGCUUUCUAUUUAUAAUCAUACCUAAAUGCAUGAAGUGUUGGACACUGGAAGUGGAACCUUUGCAGCUAUUAGCAUGUGCAAAUUACAUAGAUAUCCAUGUAGUUUUUGGUGUAAAUAUGAUUGUGUAUGUAACAUAUUGAAGAUUUUAGAAGGUUAGCAGCUAUAUGCGUAUACAUGCAAAAAUACAUAGUCAUCCAUCAAGCUUGUGCAUAAAAAAGCAGAAAGUUAAAAUUGUCAUAUAUCCAUGUAAAAUAUUGAAAAGUUAUUAUGGGUACAGAAACUCAUUCAGCUUCAUUGUAAUAUAUUAAAGAAGUUACUUAUAUCAAAAGACCUAAAAUUAUGGCUACUUAUAUGUACUAAAACAUACUCAGUCAUAUAACUUCAGCAUUACUUACUAUGAAAUUAGUACAUUGCAACUAUUUAUAGUAUAUACAAACCUAAAAUACUGUAGCUAUAUCCACAAAAACAUACAUAUAUAUACAUGCAUCUAGUUUCUCUAUAACAUACCAAAAGUCAAACUGCUGUACCCACUUAUGUAUUGCAAGGAUAUCUGUCUGUUCCUAUGUAUAAAUGCAAGGUGAGAGAGUAAGGGAAUUGUAGUACUUAGCUGGAGGUAGACAGAGAAAGUAUGAGAGAGAACAAAAUAAAGAAGGAAAAACUAAGAGGAAAAUUGUACAGUUUGUAGAUUAAGAUAGGGAGAAAAAGUGGGGGAGAAGAAAAGGUAGAAAUGUCAAAAAGAAUUCAAAGUGACCAUGAAAAAGUAAAAUAUGAGAAAAGAGAAAGAAUGAAAGAAGAAACUAUAAAGAAAAUAAGACACAAAAUUGUGAAAGAAGAAAGCAAGUAAAACAAAAAUUAAAUGAAGAUGAUAAAAUGAUAAUGGUGAAGAUGAAGUAAAACCAGGUGACAGUGUUAGUGAUAAUGAAGAUGUUGAUGAAGUAAAACAAGAUAAUGAAAGUGGUGAUAGAGAUGAGACACUAAAAUAAGAUGAAGAAAAUAAAGAAGGAAAAGAUGAUAAUGGUGGUAGUGACAUUGAGAAAGUAAAAAAAAGAAAGAUAAUGAUGGUGACAAUGAUGAAAAUUAAGAUAAGAAAAGAAAACAAGGUGAAAAAUGACUGUGGCAAUGAAGAUAAUGAAGGAAAUUAAAGUGAUGGUAGUGAUAGCAAUGAGCAUUAUGGGAGAGCUGAUGAUGAUGAUAGGGUGACAGUGUAGUAGUCUGACAUGUUGUAUUUAUAACAUGGUAGUGACACAAGUAGUUAGACGCAGAAAAUAACAACAAAAAAAUGACAUACAAAAAAACGUAAAAAUAAAAAAAAUAAAUAAAAAAGACAAACCCA